GUCUGCGUUUUCGUGCCAGCUUUUUGGCAAGAUGCCAGACUGUCGAAAGUCACGACAAUGAUGAGCAUCGCCGCUCUGGUCUAUGAGAUCCUCUUCUUACUGUCUCUGUUCAUAUCCUCUAGCUUUGCACAAUCAUGCUCUUCAAAUGACACUGCAUGCCUUCAAGCUUGUGAUAUCCCUAGCUUGUCGGAAUAUUCAAUAUGGACGGUCAAUAGUUCAGAAGAUCUCGAUAAUCUCACUCCUCAAGGCUGCAAUUGGAUCAAUGCAUCGAUUUCGAUUGGCGCGAACUACUCGGGACAAUUCGUGCUGGAUGGAAUUCGUGUCAUUACGGGCCAGAUUGCAUCCAAUGGAUUCACCCACGAAUCUCUUCAGAACGUUUCCGCUAUAAUAAUGCCGGAUCUCUUGACAUUAGAGUGUCUCUUUGUUCGAGAUACCGCCAAUCUCCUUUCGAUCUCCAUGCCAAGUCUUCAGAACGUUACGACUCUAGAGCUUCAAAUAUCUGGACCUACGGCUCUGGAGUUCAAUAGCUUAACGUAUGCGUCAAAUAUCAUCAUCUCGGGGCCAGUUGGGGAUAUCUACUUCCAAUCUCUCGCCAAUGUUAAUUCAAGUCUCGAAAUUAGCAGCAGCGACACGUUCGAAGAUUUGUCAGCCUACGGAUACAAUACGAGUAACGUCUUUCCUCCUUUAAGCUUGAGGUUUCCAUUUCUAGUCAAUGCCACGGGUAUCGAUAUCUCUGGAAAUAUCUCCGAAAUAUACAUGCCAAAUCUUGCAAUUGCUGAGAACGGCCAUCUUACGAAUGGAAUCGUGAUUGAGACUUAUGGAGUCCCAAUUGAUGUUUCGUUUCCAAAGUUAGACACUUUGCAGGAUAUGGUUUUGGCUGGCACGAUGAAAGGUGUCUCAUUUCCAUCCCUUCAAAAUGUUCCUGGGCAUAUCGCCAUUGAAUCUGUGACACCUGUCUCUUUGAAUCUAUCUUCACUUGUCAAUGUAACAGGCAUCGCUAUUGAUGGAAAUGUCACAGGAGUCUUCUUACCCUCCUUGAAGAAUAUAACAACACUUUCGAUAUUCUCCAAGCUCCCGCUCUCUUGCACUCCAACCCAGAAGAUUUUCGAAUCGAUACGCCAAUCCACGACAGGAUACGAUUGCUCCUCUUCCGAUACAUCCAGUCACCUCUCAACGGGAGACAAAGUAGGUAUUGGAAUAGGAUCGGCCGCUGCUGGCUCCAUGAUUCUAGCCUGCUUAUCUUAUUUUUAUUUGCGGAGGAAGAGGAACCAGAACGUGGUCAAAGAGCGUACAAAUGAGCACGAGUUGCAAGACCGAGGUGGGAGGCCCAUUUAUCACGAGGACGACUAUCCACCUGAAUAUAGCUCUAGGGCUGGAACAGACAUUGGAAGUACACAUAGCGACGAGACGAUCGUUGAAGAUGCAGGAGACAGAAGGACCGCGACAGCGAGCGCAGAAGAGGGACGGACAACAGAGUGACGCGCUUGUUUCAAAUCUCAAAUUAACUGCAGCUACUGCUCAAUUUUAAUUUGCUUCUAUUGCGAUUUUGCAAGCUUCAAGAAAGAGUAAGUGCUC